AUGACUGCAGGAGGGGCACUGAGUCUGGCUGUGCUGGUGGGCGCGCUGGCGUGGUAUGGGCUGGAGCAAGAUGUUCUAGUCUAUGCCGGUCUGAGCCUGGUCUCUGGUGCUCUCUUGACCAUUGGUUUGCGACACCUGGGUGGUACAAGCCUGGCCGAAACACUAGUAGUGGCGUUGGUGGCACGCAUCACCCAUACCUGGCGAUCCACAGACACUGCGCGUCGACCCAUUCUGGUGCAUGAUCUGGAGCGCUCGGCAACCUGGCGGGCCAUUGAGCGGCUCGUCAUCCGCUUUUUUGAGCGCGACCGAGCCUCUCUGAUUGAGCGCGUGGUAAACAUUUUGGGCCAGCACAUUGAGCGCUUUAUCAAAGCGAAAGAAGCCACGCAUGAUUCAAGCAUAAUGGUGUGUUUGCUGAUCGUACAGGUCUUCAAGCCGGUGCUACAUGAUCUUCGCUAUGAAGCAGAGCUCGAGGACAAGGACGUGCUCACCCAUGUCUUGGCCAUUGUAGCCUCCACUUGCAUUGUCCUGCCCACUAUUGACGCCUUCAUUGAUCCGGCCUGGACCAUUGCCUACUGUGUCACGCUCUUGGAUGCUGCGGGUGGUGGCCCAGCGACGCCCUCGCCCCCAGGGUCCGCGGCUCACGCCACAGCGAAGAUGCGCAACGUCGACCAGCCUGUGCGCUUGGACGAUGAGGAUCUUGAGUCAGACGCACAAUCAGACGCCUCUUCAACCAGCGACUUGGACUUUGAGGAAGCCUCUUUGCGUUCAGGGGAGAGCUUUGCCUCUGCCUUGUCUGGAAUGCCCCAGACCAACUCCAAUCAAGCCCAUCACUUUUGCGUUGCUGUGGAAAGCUAUGAGCGCCUCGAAGCCGUUAUCAAUUGUGGGUUGGGUGACUCGCCGUUGCUGUGUGACUUUUUAAACGCCGACAGCCAUACCUAUUCCGACGCUCAGCGUCUGCGUAAGCGCUCGAUCAUGCGCAGUGCGGCCUCCAUGGGGUUUCAACAAGCGAGCUGCUUCCAGAUCGCACUGCAAAGCAGUUUGUGGCCCGAUCCACCGUGGAAACUGAAGCGGCAGCCGUAUUUCAGCCAUACAUUCAACAACAGCUUGCCCAUUCCCGAGCCCCCGCUGGAGUCACUCAAAGCACAACGCAAGACUGCUGUCAAUCUUGUGCUCAGCAUGUGUCCGGCCUGGAUUUUGGUCAUGCUGGGCCACGGCGGACGCGAUUCAGUCAUGCUCGUGCUUGAGUCGAUCAGCACAGAUAGUGUCAUUACGCAGCACCUCUUCUCGCGUCUAAUGGAUGAGUUGCUGGUGUGGUUGCUUUAGGAAGCAUUCAUUCUAUUGGGUGAACCCAGCAGAGCAGAUGUAAAGCUUCUUGCUGCAACAACGAGUUGAUUCAGAAGAGAAGAGAAGCAAAGAUAAUAUAGAAGAGCAAGGCAAAGGAGGUUGAGAAAUCCAAUCAAUAAAUCAUGUCAAUUGAUCCUUGCCACCCG